AUGGCCAACAACAUGUACCGUGCCGGUGCGACCGCGGUGAACGAAAUUCGAGAGGGCUACGCGCACAUACCCAGGGCGGGCGAGCUGACGCAGGACGACGGGCUCGGUAAGACGACGAUCCCCGGAUCCUUCCCUGACGUAGCCAUCACUGUGCAAGGGAACGACCAGAUGGUCAUCUUCCCCUCUUAUGCGAAGCGCCAUAUCAAGGGGGAAUGGGCCCAGCUACCCGAGCAGCAGCAGCAGCAGCAACCAAACUCGCAACAGGGCACCAAGGACGAAGACUGGUGGCGACAGCAGUGGGAGCGGGACCAGGACGAGCGCGCCAUUGUCGAUGUUGACGUCCGUGGAUGGAUAUAUUCACCGCACAGGGGCCAGGUCACGCGGAGGAACCGUGUCUUGAUCGGUCUGGCGCGUCAGUUGAGCGGCAUCCCGGCGCCAAAGUCUGACGUCAAGCCGUCAAGCGGAGAGACAGGCUUUCUCGCCAUGCAUGAAUCGCACGAGGAACGACGUGAGCAAGAGAGAAUCGCCCAAAAGGCCGCCGAGAUCGAGAAGAAGGGUCAAGAAGAGAAGAGGGUGGCCUACCACGGAGGCUAUAGCGAGCCGGCUCGAGGUGACGAUGGCGAGUUGAUUGGGGAUUACAACUCGAGGUCGCGAUCGCGAAGUCCCAAUCCUACGCUGGGAUCCGCGCCAGGCUCUCCGCAAUCUGUGGCAAGGCAGUACACCACCAGCAAUGAACUUACUGACGCAGAGCUGGCAGUGGCUAAUGCGAACCUCAUGGCGAGGAUAGCGCCAUUCAUGACGACGCCCUUGGUGGAGCAGCCAAUAACCAUCUUCUUCUAUAACGACGAGCACUCGGCAUCAAGAACGGUCGAGACGAACGAGGCAGGUCAUUUCAUGGUCAGGGCAGCUCUCGAGUUUGUCCCUACGCAUGUUCGCGUCUUGGCAAACGAAAACCUUUCAGCAACCCAAGAAAUCAAGAUCAUAGAGCCCAAAGGCGUCAGUCUAAUCAGCGACAUUGAUGACACAGUCAAGCGCUCCAACAUCUCGGGCGGCGCCAAAGAGAUCUUUCGAAAUACAUUUAUCCGAGAGCUCCGCGAUCUUACCGUCGAAGGCGUUAAGGAAUGCCCCUGGCAACUGUUUCCCGUGCUGGCAAGCUUUUUCAUGAUUGCUGGUCUGCCGCCGGGAUCCCUCCACCUCAAGCAGUACAGCGGCAUGCUCCAGGGCAUUUUUGAACCUGUCGCCGAGAGGAAGCGCAGCACGCUCUGCAGGCUGUUGAAGGACUUCCCCGAGCGCAAAUUCAUGCUUACCGCAUCCUUGCCGUGUUCAUCAAGGAUGUCACUACCCCAGAACAGACCGGCUUCUUUGACUCGUCGUUUCGGCAGGGGCAACAUAUCGCGGAGGGCAACUGCAGACGAUGAGCCUCAUCAACGGCCGGCGUUGCCGCCGCGCGGUGAGACAUCAAAGACGACGGGUCCGAUGAUGGGAGAUCUCAUCGACUUCUCCGACGAACCCGAGUCUACAGCAGCGAACAACACCGCUAAGGUCUCGCAGCUACAAGCUGACCGCCAACCGAGGCACUCGGCGAGCACGACCGACCUUCUUACGCGACAGGCACCACCUCGACCGGUCAAGCCAGCGUCAUUACGAAGCUCUCCGUCCGAUGAGAAAGCACAAACGUUGGGCGCAGACCUAAGGCCGCAAAACUCAAAGGGCAUUCCGACGCCUCCCCUGCCCCGUAAGAAGGUGCCUGGAGACCGGCCCACUGCCCAUCCCCUAUCCCAAACACACAAUCUCUCGCAGCAAACAUUAGGCAGCACGAGCAGUCUUCCUGAUAACGCCAGGCUUCCAGCUUCUACCCGCACGAGUGACUCCUCCAUUCGUUCCGGCCGCACUGCGCCGCCGCCGCCUCCGCCGCCACGCCGCCGCGACACCCCCUCCAGCAUCCGCAGCACCAGCCCCCGCUCAGUCGCCCCCGGUCGUCAGCGCCCAGCCGCCGACGAAGACGUGGACUUUGAUCCCCUUCCAUCCUCGUCGUUUGUGCCGCCGCCUGUCGGCCCCCGGCGCACAAACACGCAGUCGACGAGUGGCACGCCAUCGGGUUCACCACCCCUUGGCGCCACGGCUGUCAACAAGAAGGUCGAACUAUGGAACCGCCGCUUACAGCGGGCACACGAAACGCUGACCGCACACGGAGUGAGGUUAUACACGUGGCGGCGUGGUGACGAUGUCGUUGCUGAGGCCGUCGGGCUUGUGGAGCAGGCGACGAGAGGGUCCGGGGGUGGAGAGAAGGAUGCCAGGACCGAGGGGCGGCGGUUCGAGGAGAAGCUCAAGAGAGAAAAGGACCGGGAGGAGAGAUAUCAUCAGAACCAGUAUUGA